AUGGACGCGCGCAAGCCUUCCUGGAAGGCCUGGUGCCAUGGCCUGCUCUAUAUGCUUUCUGUCACGAUGCUUACCGGCACCUGCCAGGCUCAUGUUCAAGGUGAUCACCACAAGCGUGUGGACAGAUCCUCCUUCCAGGCUGCCCAUUCAGCCCUCAUCAACCAAGUCUCCAGCAUUCCCGCGCCGGGCCUCGACCGUCGAGAAAUACAAACCAUCGUGUUCACAACCACCGUCUCAACCUACAUUGAACUGGGGAUCCCCUGCGACGCCACUGAGAUUCCCCAAUCCAUGAGCUCCCUGCUUACUCGCCCUCCGCCUUUGUCCAUCCCAGCCUCCUUGGGCACCAUCGCAACAGGUGGAAUCAGUCUCACGGCGCCUGGUGGCAGCUCUCUCGCCUCUUCUCAGACCAGCUCCUUCAGCUCUACACCGACCGCCGAAAAGCCCAAGCCUUCUUCUUCUUCCAACUCCCUCUCCUCAAGCCAGACUUCCUUCACCUCCACCACGGGCACCCAGAGCUCUGCAAUCAACCAUACCUCCUCAUCCGCAGCUGCCGCCCCCGAUACAUCCACAACUGCCUCCAGGAGCACCACCGAGCCCUCGAAGCCUGCCAUCUCGACUUCAACCUCGACCUCGACUACGAAUGAUCCCAGCUCGACGUCCUCCGUGGCAUUUUCAUCAUCAACCUCGACUCGCAAAAUUACAACUGUCGUGGUUUCAAGCACAAUCGUGGUCCUCUGGCCAGGAACGGAAAGCACACCCAGCGUCGCGGACUCUACCAUUUCUCCCUCCUCCAAGGCCCAACACACCGCUUGGGUAACCCAAACCUCUCAGGCCACAGUCACGGAAUGGAUUCAACCCUCGUCGUCCUCAUCCUUCUCGUCAUCAACCUCUUCCUCCUCCUCGUCAUCCUCAUUUUCAAACUCCGCUCGAACCGCCUGGGUCACGAAGACCGCUAAAGCGACAGUCACAGAAUGGUUCGACCCGUCGGCCGUCGCUUCUUCCUCCACCUCCACCUCUACCACCCCGGAUGGUCCCGCCGUCGUCGUCGUGACGGCCUCCGCCCAAGCUACCAUAACCCAAUUCCACGACAGCACCCAAACAAUCAUCGUCUCUCCCUCUUCCUCCGCCCUUACCGCACCCGACGUCCAUCCCCGUCUCCCCACAGACUCCAACCUCCCCGGCCCGACAAAGCGCAUCGUUCGCUUCACCCAGCGAAUCUGGUACACCGAGAACAAGCACCAGAUCAUGGUCAUAGCCACCUACGAGGACAACAACGUCGUCACCGUCUACACCGCCCCCGAGAGGACCGACCUGCCCGCCGUCCUCGUGCUCGACGACCAGAACGGCAACAAGCGCGGCUCGCUCAAGAUGACGUUCCGCAUGGGCUUCUUCACCAUCGACUUCCGCUCGGAGAUGGCGGGCAGGGUCGUCGAGUGGGAGAACCACUGGACCAAGAAGGAGGCGGAUGAGGAUGCGCCGUGGUGCAAGACGGUAUACCUGAAGGAUGAUGGAAAAGCGAGACUUGAUCGCGAGAUUUGGUGCUACUACACUGCCUGA